AUGGAGAGUUUAGAGACUCUUGGUGAUUGCUUUCUGAAAUUGGCCGUAUCGAUGGCACUGUAUUAUCAAUAUCCUUCGGCAAAUGUCGGUGUAUUGACAAAAGAAAAGAUUCAGGAGAUUACUAAUGAAAAUCUCUAUAGAAUAGCUGUCGAAUCUAGAUUGAAAACUUACCUUUAUUCGGAUAAAAUCAUUCUGGAUGGUAAUGAUUUCAAUUGGUUACCUCCAGGAUAUAUAAUCAAAGUUAAAGAUCAGAUGAAAUAUACACAUCAAACAGUAAAACGUAAAGCAUUUGCCGAUAUGAUUGAAGCAUUGAUUGGAGCUUUCCUUAUCUCAAGUAAUUAUAUAACAACGAUUAGAUUUAUGCAAUGGCUUGGACUGAAUGUCAUUCCACUCGAUGAGAACAGUUGUAUUAUGUCUACACCACCAAUAAUCGCGCCGGCUUCAAUGAAUGAAAUCAAUCGUAUUUUCCACGAGGAAAAUUUUAGUGAAAUUGAAAAUAAACUUCGAUAUAAAUUUCGAAAUAAAGCAUAUCUCGUUGCAGCCUUUACUCAUCCAUCGAAAUCUAUACAGUCGAAUGGUAUUUCGUAUGAAAGAUUAGAGUUUUUAGGCGAUGCUCUUCUAGAUUUCCUAGUUAUUCGCUAUACAUUUCUUAACUAUGAUCAACAUGUCACACCGGGCAGAUUGACCGAUAUUCGACAAGAUUUAUCAAACAAUAGCCGUUUAGGAUAUCUCCUCGUCUCUUAUGAACUUCAUACAAACAUUCGUUAUCGUUCCAGUGAACUUUCUCAACAGAUUCAAGUUUAUAUCGACCAUUUCAAACUCACUUCCAAAACUCCAUUAGCUAAUGCGCCGAAAAUCUUUGCCGACGUCUUCGAGGCGUUGAUUGGUGCUAUCUUUUUUGAUUCAAACAAUUCUUUGGAAACUGUUUGGAAAGUUAUCGAACCUUUUCUCGGAAGUUUAUUCGAUCAAUCAAUUAUUGAUCCGAAUAUAAGCCCAAUACGAACAAUUGUCGAAAAGGGUGGGAAAAUAGGAAUUCACGGAUGA